CGGCCAGAGGAAGAUCAUCCACUCCCUACGUGCUGAAAACGGACUGACAAUAACAGGAACCCCAGAGAUUCGCAGACAUGCCACCUGCUUCUACAAAGAACUCUUUAAAAAUCAGCUAAAGAGCUGGAGGAGACCAAACACAGAGCUCAAAGAGAGAGAAUACUGGACUGACGUUCAUCAGGUGACACAAACUCGUCUCCACGACGAUCAUCAUGUUGUCCUGGAGCUUCUGGAUGAGUUCAUCUAAUCCAAAGACAACAUGCUGGACUGAGUCCUCAGAGUGGACACACCUGGACGACAUCUGGACAUCUGGACAGCAGGUCUUGGCCUCUAAACAAUAGAGUAACAUCUGGAUAUCAGAGGUCCAUCAACAUCUGGGUACGUAGACAGUGGAAUUAUCAGCCAAGUCCAGAGUCUGAAUUUCUGUCUGUGAAGACAAGAGGAGGGGUCUGCAGAGAGGAGCAGGAUGGGAGGAACAGUGUGUAAGGAGGAGGUGAAGGAGGAGAAGAGGAGGAGCGUGGGGAGGGAGGACAGUCUGACAUCAGCGGACAGAAUCCGUCGAUUCACCGUCAAACAGUUUGGAUAUAACGUCCUGAGUCUCGCUCGCCGAGGACUGAAGGACGUCCCAGCUGAAUUGUGGGAGCUGUUGGAGUUGGAGAAGCUGAAUUUGUCUCUCAACAGUCUGAAGGUUCUUCCUCCUCACCUGGCGGUACUCUCCAACCUGGUGGUCCUCAACCUGUGGGGCAACCAGCUCAGCAGCCUGCCAGCAGAGAUCGGACAGCUGAGGAGACUCCGAGUUUUAUUCGCCUACAGAAACAGACUGACUGAAAUUCCUGAAGAGCUGGGAGCCUGUACACAACUGGAGGUGCUGAGUUUGGCUAACAACCAGCUGUCCUCGCUGCCUGCCUCGCUCUCCAAUCUCACCAGACUGAGGAAGCUCAACCUCAGUCACAACCACAUCGCUCAUAUCCCGGGCUGCGUUUACAACAUGAAGGCUCUGGUGUUCCUCCAUCUGGCCUGUAACCGUCUGGAGAACCUGGCGGAAAACAUCCAGGCUCUGGUGGAGCUCAAGAUCCUCAUUGUGGAGGGAAACAGUCUCCACUCUCUUCCUAAGGCCCUCUGCUGCCUUACCAGGUUGGAGUUGCUGAAUCUGGACUUUAACGACAUCAAGGACGUCCCACAGGAGAUGCACCAGUUAUUCAGACUGGAGAAGCUGGCCUGUCAUCCUUUGGAUAAAGGACUCCACAUCAUUCACAACCCACUGCUGAAGCCGGUAAAGGAGGUGCUGGAGGGGGGACUCAGUGCCCUCUUCACGUACCUGAGAGCUGGGUAG